AUGGGCCCGCCAGCACCAAAACCUGCUGCUCGCAGGAGGAACAGAAAACGCAAAAAGACGCGCCAUGAAUCUACGCAAUCCACACCUCAAAAAGUGGCACCUCUCCCAACCAAACAACCUGAAUCCGACACGAGUUCUCCAUCUGAAUCUGCAUCCUCGGAUAGCGACUCCGAAUCAGAUAGUGACGAUGCUGGUGCAAUCCAUGGUAAAGGAAAAAAUGCAAACCGACGGUCUCAAAGCCAUGAAGACAAAUUCAGGAAGUUUUGGAUGUCAUCCCUUGCGGAAGGAUUCAAGGAAGACCUUGAGGAAAUACGAAAGGCCAGCAAGUCACUGCUUAUUGAUUCGCUCGCAGCUGGGGCAGACAUUUUUACGUCAUCUGCGUCCGCCAGCGGGACAGACAUGAAUGAAGUGGAUGUUGUCAUGGGCGAAUGA